AUGCUCGUUCUUCUCCAUCCAUACCUACAAGUACAGAACCCUCCAAUGUCCGAAGCUAGCGAACCACAAACCAUCUUGCCGUUGGAAGUCAUCGACAAAAGCGUCGGCAAAAAAAUCCGCGUGUUGUUGACCAACGACAAGGAAUUCACCGGCACCUUGAUAGGCUUUGACGACUUCGUCAACAUGGUGUUGGAAGAUGUUGUGGAAGAGUCCAACGAUGGUGUCAGCGACAAGGUCAUCAAGAAGAUGUUGUUGAAUGGAGGCCAAGUGGCCAUGAUUGUGCCCAGCUAA